CACGCGAACUCAUCCGUCAAAAAGCAGUGUUGCAAGGCGCACAUCCUGACAUCUACAACUAGCUUGGUGUGUGGAAGAAGAUGCCGAUAGAGUCGGAGUUCUUGUUGACAUGUGUGAAUGUCAUUUUAAGGGUUCCAGCUUUAUACAUUUAUGAAAUCUGGAGCAGAGAUGAGUUUAGUGCAAAUAUUCAGAAGCAGCUGGGUGCUGACGAAGCAGCUGGUGAAGGUGAAUUGGCGCCUGGCGCAGCGAUGUUAGAUCUUACGCUGCCAUGUCUUGCCCUUGCAAUUGCAUUCCUGCCUAUAGAGAAACUGGUGGACUUCUACAUGUAUGUGAUGAGUGCAGUUCUGGUCAUCAUUUGUGCCGGCCUUUGCAAGGUGUAUAUAAUGACAGAAAUAGAAGACUUUGAGAAGAGUGGUGGCAGAAAUGAAAUCAACUUAAUGAGACUGGGGAUACACCUCAGUCUACAAUGCUUGAUCAUAUCAGUAAUCACAUAUUUGCUGCAUUUAAAACACUGGACCAGAUUUACUCUUUUAGUGUAUACGGUUCCCAUUAUAGCUAGACUGUGUUAUGUCAAUCCUUAUACUCUUCUGAGCACUUGGGAAUUUGGAUGCACAUAUUCAGUAAUUUUAGUCAUCAUAUUGUUUAUCAGCCACCUGAGCCAGAUAUUUGACGUGAUCAAUCAGGGUUUGCAUGAGGCCAGUGUUGGACUGGCUGUAUAUGGCUGGUUAAGUUAUAUAUUGAUAUUAUGGAGAAAAUUAUCAAUGCAAGUGCAGUUCUUGUUAUUCUGGGUAUCAAUGUUCUUCUUUCGAUUAUACAUCAAUGCAAAUACUCUUGACAACCCACUUUUUGAGGACGGUUGGCUGGACGGAUGGCUUCUCAUAUUUUUGGCCAGCAUUGGAGACUGUUGUGGCACUGCAGUCAGUGUGUUUGGCCUCUGCGUCACGGUUUCAUAUGCAUCAUAUGCUACUCUGGCUGCCACCAAGCUGUAUUUGCAAGGCUGGAAUGGAUUCACAGACGAUCUCAUGUUACACGGUGGAUGGACAGAAGGAUUUACAAUGUUUCUGCUUGCCAUGCAGACUGGCAUCACAGAACUGAAGUCGGAAGAAAGAGCAUUUUUGAUGAGCAUUGUGUUGUUUAUAUUGGUCUCAUCUCUUUUGCAGUCAAUGUAUGAGAUAACAGACCCCAUUUUACUAGGCUUAAGCGCAUCACAUAAUAAGAGUUUAGUUAAACAUGUUAAAGCGGUACUUCUCUGCACUUUUUUGUGGAUUUUUCCAUUGUUUAUGACGUACAUUAUCUGUUCAGUGUUCGAUGUUGACCUCUGGUUAUUAGUGAUAGUGUCCAGUUGUUUGCUGACCUCUGUCCAGGUUAUAGGCUCCCUUGUUGUGUAUUCAUUAUUUUUCUAUGAUGCUUUGCUUACUGAACCAUGGGAAAAGCUAGACGAUUACGUUUACUAUGCUCGAGCAACUAUAAGAGUGUUGGAAUUUUUAGUUGCCGUAUUUGUAGUGUUUUAUGGCACAAAAGAAUCUAUAUUUGGUCAGUGGAGCUGGAUCAACAGUUCCAUUCUUAUUAUUCACUUUUAUUUCAACAUAUGGCAAAGAGCACAAGAAGGAUGGAGGAGCUUUUUGCUCCGUAAGGAAGCUGUGACAAAAAUUUUAUCUCUCCCAGAAGCAACAGAGGAACAGUUAGCAGCCCAUAAUGACGUGUGUGCCAUCUGCUACCAAGAACUGAAAACGGCGCGUAUUACUCCUUGUCAGCAUUAUUUCCAUGCUCUGUGCCUCCGCAAGUGGUUUUAUGUUCAAAAUAGGUGCCCCAUGUGUCACACCACAAUAACUAUGCCAGGUGAAGGUACUGCCACUGAAGCAGAACAAGACGAAGAAUUACCCAAUGAAGCUAAUAUACAGGAUGAUGUGGGAGAUGACGUUCCCAGAAAUGAGGAAGCACGAGAUGACGUUCCUGCAAAUGAGGAAGCUCCAGAUCAGGAUUUUAUUGAUUGAUCCAGAACAAGAAAGCUUCUGUGGAAUCAAAUUACAAUGGGCAGGAAGAUUGUAGCAGUGUGUUCACAGUCAGGUUCAGAAAGGACAUGCACCAACUGAGAGCCAGAAUUUGUACAAAUAGUUAUUUAAAAAUUUUUUUAAAAAUAAAUUUUAGGGUCUCGGAUGUUAACGCAAGAAUCUUGGCUCCCUCUUUAACUUUUUUAUAAUUUGCAUAAUUGGUUGUUGGUACAAUUUAUAGAAAGGAAAUAUGUAAUAUUCUAGAUUCGGUUUCUGUUUUGACAUAUAUCCUUUGACAUUUAUACAGGCUGAUUUAUAUGCACCAAAGUUAGGGAUACUAAAGAUGGAUUUUUUAAAGUUGUGAAAAUGGAUGAGAAAGGUCAUUGAACUGAUUAUUUUUAUACAUGGUGCUUUUAUUUAUCGAAGCAAACUGUAUUUUACAUUUUUUUUAGCAUUCUUAACAGAAAAUGUUGCUGUGAUUAGUUGAGUCCCACUAGGAGUGCUGCCAACAUAUUUUUAUAUGUGAUUUGAAAUUGGUGCAGAGAAGAGAAAUGAAAAGAUAUGUUAAGAUAAACUUAGAAUCCGCUCAAAAGAAGUAUUCUGUUAUCCCAGAUUUUGUUAACAUAUGUUUGUGAUUCUGUAAGGACUUACUUCAUUCACCAUAACCAAUACUUCUCAGUAAUUUCUUUCCCAAACAAAAAAUAGCACUUAUUGUUUAGAAAAUUUCAGGGUUUCUUUAAAUUUUGAAAAAUACUAGCAUCUUCAUUUUAUGGUGUACUUUUUCAGAUGUGCUCCUUUGAAUAAAUAUUUUUGUUAAGUAUAAUCA